GUCACGCUGCUCAACGACAGAGAGAGGCUCGAGGUGAAGGUGUGAUGGAAAAAGCAGCAGAGAGCUCAACCGGGAAGGCAGCAGAUGUGGUUGUAAAGGGUGAAGCUGCACUGAAACCUGAAUUCAUAACCACAAAGGAAAAAUUUCAUGAGUCUGUCGACGCUGAGUGGCAGCGCUCAAAUGGAAAAAAGGCCAGUGAUGAAGACACAUCUGUGGACAAGAAUGAGAACUGCACAGCAGAACCUGAAGCUAAAAAGUUUAAAGCCGAUCCUGAGGAAAAGACUCAGGUGGAGAAGCCAGAUGGAAAACGAUAUAGAGGUCAAAAUAAGUCAAGGCCACACAUAAAACCUACUACCUAUGAGGAAAAACGACUGUGCCUUUCAAUCAUUCAGGAUAGAGAAUGUCCAUUUGGCGACAAAUGCCGCUUUCACCAUGAUGUUGCUGAGUACCUGGCCUCUAAGCCGGUAGAUAUUGGGGAAAGCUGCUAUCUCUAUGACACGUUUGGAAAGUGUGCUUACGGCCUCAUGUGUCGCUAUGCUAAAGCGCACACUACACCAGACUUCAAAACCAUGGAGAACAAAGAUCUAGUGCAGGCUUGUGAAGGCAGGAACCCAGUGAAGAACAGUUUGAGUAAAGACCUUCAGAAUCGUCUGAGGAAGCAUUCAGUGGCCUUCAAAAAGUCAGCAGAGUACCUGAAAACACUUUCAAACAACAAGGACAAAAAAGAACAGCAAAAGAACGGUGAAGCUUGUGCUGCUGAAUUAUCGACCGCUCUAAAAGAAGUGGAGCAGAAAGAAGCAGAAACACAGCUUCAGUCAGUCCCAGAUAAAGAGCCCCCAGUGAAGACUGUUGGCCCUCUGACUGAUGCUGAUGUCAUCAAGUUGCGCCCGUGUGAAAAGAAACAGGUGGACUUCCAAGACAAGCUCUACCUUGCUCCUCUAACAACUUGUGGAAAUCUGCCUUUCCGUCGUGUGUGCAAGCGCCUUGGUGUAGAUAUCACCUGUGGAGAAAUGGCAAUGUGCACAAACCUGCUACAAGGGCAGCAGUCAGAGUGGGCCCUCCUCAAGAGGCAUGAAAGUGAAGAUCUUUUUGGCGUCCAGGUGGAGGGCUGCUUCCCUGACACCAUGACAAGGGUCGCAGAGCUCAUCAACAACAACACUGAUGUUGACUUUGUGGACAUUAACUCUGGAUGCCCCAUCGAUCUUGUCUACAAGAAGGGCGGAGGCUGUGGCUUGAUGACACGCACCAGAAAGUUUGAACAGAUCAUCAAGGGAAUGAAUUAUGUCCUCGAUGUCCCGUUAACAGUAAAAAUCCGAACUGGUGUUCAGGAGAAGAACAACAUCGCACACAAACUCAUCCCAGAGAUGAAAAACUGGGGUGUCUCUAUGAUCACAUUGCAUGGCCGAUCCAGAGAGCAGCGCUACACUAAGUUAGCUGACUGGGACUACAUCAAGACCUGCUCUGAACUGGCCAGUCCUAUCCCUCUGUUUGGAAAUGGAGACAUUUUGUCAUAUGAAGAUGCCGUGAGAGCGAGAGAGACUGGAGUUUCAGGCAUUAUGAUUGCAAGGGGGGCUCUCAUCAAGCCCUGGAUCUUCACUGAGAUAAAGGAGAGCAGACACUGGGACAUCUCGUCCACGGAGCGGUUGGACAUCCUCAGGGAUUUCACCAACUUCGGUCUGGAGCACUGGGGCUCGGACACUCGAGGGGUGGAGAAGACCCGCGCCUUCAUGCUGGAGUGGCUCUCCUUCAUGUGCAGGUACAUUCCAGUGGGCUUGUUGGAGCGAGUGCCUCAGAAGAUCAACGAGCGUCCUCCAUACUACCUGGGCAGAAACUACCUGGAGUCUCUGAUGGCCAGUCAACAUGUUGGGGACUGGGUGAGGAUUAGUGAAAUGCUGCUUGGACCUGUACCCAAGAAUUUCAACUUUUUGCCCAAACAUAAAGCCAAUGCCUACAAGUGAUGUUCUUUUACUCCCACCACUAAAAAGCAUCCAGGUUUUUUUUGUUAGUUUUUAGAAAGUAUGUUUUAUUUUAAAUGAUAAAGACAAUUGUUUUUUUUUCUUGACCUUAGGAUGGGUGUACACUUAAAUGCAAUUAAGUAUUUGGUCGCACUAAGAUAUUUACAUUUUAUACAUAAUAUUACUUUAUAACAGAGAGGUUGUGAUUGAUUGUCUAUCAUUAUGGAAUAACUGCAUAACUGACACAAAACCCUGUAAAGCAGAGGUCUCAAACCUGUGGCCCCCCCAGUUGAUUCAAACAGCCCACCACUUAAUGUCAAGUUAUAAUAAGGAAUUUUGGUAUUUUUUUUAUUAUUUUCUUUCAAUUUCCAGAUUCAUUUUGCAUCAUAAUUAAAACAUUUCUGAUCGUGAGCUAUGUGUCGUUUCAUGAAAUUAUGUGAAAUAUUGUCACAAAUAAACUUGUAAACAGUGAUGAUUAUCA